GCUAGCAUUGGAGUAACGGUAUGUUUUGCGCAGUGCAUCCCCAUGAUUCCAUCUUCAUGCCUCGCCCUGGCCGCCGCAAAGACAUCCCGACUGAUAUACUUUACGUAGCUCACAGGACCUAUCAUGGCAGAUAUGUUCCGGGCAAAGGACAGAGGCAAAUCGCUGGCCCUCGCAAGCCUCCUCCCUUAUCUCGGCCCAGCAGUAGGACCCAUCGUGGGUGGCAGUGUUUCACAAUAUCUCCAAUGGCACUGGCUCUUCUGGAUCAUUUCCAUUGUGGACGCAGCCGUAGCAAUCAUAGGCCUGCUUCUCCUCCGCGAGUCCUACACGCCAGUCCUGCUCCGCCGCAAAGCAGCCCUCAAGUCCACCGUCUCUCCCGUGAUCCUCUCUCCUCGCGCCAAGUUCACCGACUUCUGCACACGCCUCCGCACCGGCGUCGCCCGACCGGUUACCCUCCUCCUCAACCGCCCCACAAUCCAACUCCUCGCUCUCUGGUUCGGCCUCAAUUUCGGCAUCUACACCCUCAUGCUGUCGACGUACGCAAACAUAUGGAUCGUCAAAUACCAACAGACCCCCACCCGCGCCGCUCUCAACUACGUCGCCAUCGUUGUUGGCAUGACCACCGCGACCCAGGCGGGCGGGCCCGUCAUGGACUACAUCUACCGCCGCCUAUCCGCACGCAGCCCGCCCCGGCCGGAGUUCCGCGCUCCGUACAUGGCCAUUGGCGUUCUUCUCGUGCCGGUCGGGCUGCUGUUGUUCGGCUGGGCGGCUCGCGCACAUACGCACUGGGCGGUCGUGGACGUCGGCGUCGCAAUCUUUGCAUUUGGAAACUUUCUCUUUGCCCAGGCGCAAUUGGCAUAUCUGCUCGACGAGUUUGAGCACGGCGCGAGCGCAAACGCGGCGGCCCGGCUGCUCAGCCAUGUUAUUGGGUUCCUGUUCCCGAUCUUUGGGCCCGCGAUGUAUGCGCGGCUGGGGUUCGGGUGGGGCAAUACGCUGCUUGCUGGCAUGUGGAUUCUGAUCGGAGUACCAGCGCCCGCGGUGCUGUGGAUCUGGGGAGAGAGGUUAAGGGGGAUCCGGUGGCGGAAGGGAGAGUGACGUGUGGUGUCUGGAGUUGGCGUUGGGGCUUGAUAUGAUUAUGCAUAGACUAAUGAUC